AUGCAUAUUGGCUCAGCUUGGCUUGGCUCGGCUUGGAAUCAGAUGCUAAGCAAGCAAUAUAGCAGAUUCAACCAGCCAACCAGAAAGUUUCGAAGGCGUUCGUUCGAUGACUUCAAUUUAGUACGGUUUAUCAGGUUGAAGCUUCCAGAGGAGUUCAUCGUGGACGAUCAGAAUGGUUGUGAUGUCACGCUACGUUCGUUCAUUCGGUGGCAAAGAAUGCACGCCCUGCUGGGGUUGAAGCUUCCAAAGGAAUUCAUUGUGGAAGAUGUCAGGCUACUAUCCGGUCAAAUUCAUUCCAUCGAUGCGUGUCAGAUGAUGGUCGGUGCAAUGGAGUUAGUUACUUUAACACUAGAUGGCAUAGACACUUCACAGUAUUUUCCAGAUGUCAUUGCCCACCUGACGAACAGUGACCUAAUCAUUAAAAAACUUGUCUGCUGGUACAUCUCCCGAACAACUACUAACGUUGAUAAUGCGCUUUUAGUCGUCAAUUCCCUAACACAGAACUGUAACGAUCCUAACCCAUUAGUAAGAUGUCUAGCCAUCAAAACUUUCACUUCUAUGCAACAUGUCCUAAUAUCUGAAUAUGCCAUGCCUUUGGUUAUAAAUUGCCUAAAUGAUGAGAAUGUGUUUGUUAGACGAGCAUCUAUCUUGGGCUGUGCCAAAAUCUGCAGAAUCAACCCAUCCCUGUUCUCACAGUUUCAAACAGAUGUCAUUCAACAACUGCAGACACUACUGCUAGAUAGUGAUAUUAUCGUUGUAUACAAUGCUCUCAGUGUUUUGAAUGAGAUUCUAUCCAAACAAUGGGAUGGUGCUAGUGGGAAUGAGGAUGGUGAGGAAAAAAAUACAGAUGGCUUGGUUGUUAGCAAGGGCCUGGCUACAUUUCUUGUUUCUAAACUGGAGACAUUUUCUGACGUGCACAAACCUACCAUCCUCUCCGUCAUUCUGCGAUACGACUUCAAAGACCCACAAGAGACAUUGCAGUUCAUGAAUGCCUUGGAUAGAUAUUUCAAAGCUGAUCAGCACAUCCCCGCUUGCGUGACGUCAGCAGUGACUUCCGCUUUUGUUGCUAUGGUUACUAGUCAGUUGCCUCAUCUUAAAACUCAGGUUCUUCGAAGAUCGUCAGACUGUCUCUUGGGCCACUUGAAAUCCGACAAAUAUGUGAUCACCUGGUCUCUUUUCAGAUUCAUUGAAGACUUUGUUGCUAACAACGCAGAAAUAUUCAGUGGAAGUUACAAGCUCUUCAUGUGCACAAAUUCGGAUCCAGAAUAUUUGAAAGUCCAGAAACUGAAGAUGCUGUCCAGUUUAACGACGAGUUCAAACUUCUCGGAGAUCCACAAAAAUAUGAUGAAUGUGCACAAGAAGACGUCCAACACCGACAUCCACGUUGCUGUUAUAAAGUCCCUGUCGGCCAUUUCGCAAAGAAAACAUUUCAAGUACACGUGUCUCAAAACUAUUUUAAACCUCAUCAAAACAAAACCGCAGAUUAGAGAAACAUCUGUCAUGCUGGUCGAACUGCUGAAGCACGAUAUCCUCACUUACGUUCGUGAAGUUAGCGCUGGUGGUAAGAACACAGAGGAGAAUAUCGGGGCAUCUAGCAAAAGUCUCAAGUGCAGUCGAACAUCUAGAAACCUGGACAGUAGAGCAUUCUUGUUCAACCUUAUAAAACUCAGCCUGGACUCGUUAGGUAGGGAGGGAUUAUCUGAAGAGGCUGUCAUUCGGUCCUUAUCGUUUCUCGGCGACGUUGCCAUGAAGAAGGUUGCCGAGUUGUGCAGUGCAGAUCAAAUUAUUUCAGAUCCCUCUACUGAUGAUGCUUCUGCUAGUUUAUUAGGCGAUCGAAGUGAUGGUGAGAAUGGCGACACGACGAAAAAAACUGAAAAAACUAAAAAUGGAGAUGAUAACAAUGACGUCAGAGCUAUAAAUAACGACCCGCUUUGCUCGGUUGACAACACGCUCGAUGAUGAUGAUGAUGAUGAUGGUGGUCGCGAAAAUAAUGACGAGAGCAAUAACAAUUUCAAUAAUAAUGACGUCGACAUAAGAGAUGCUAAUGGUGAUGACGACGACGAUGUUGAUGGUGAUGAUGAUAAUUCAUGUGAUAAUGUAAGCAAUGAUAACGAUUUGUUCGCAGGCAUCAGACAACAGCCAUUGAAUAAUUAUAAAACUGCCCACUUGAACAAAUUAAAAUUUACAAGCUCAACCAGUCAUAAUGAUGACGACGACGACGACGAUGAUGGCGACGAUGAUGAUGACUAUGAUAAAAAAUGCAACCGUGUUAAGACUGAUAUAGAUAGAGUGAAUGGGUUGUUGAAUGAAAUCGUCAAUGACAUUCCCUAUAGAUUAGAAGCUUUUCUGAAAAAUAUUGAGAAACUAAUAUAUCCUAAGAUAAGCCGUGCCAUUAACAAUGAUAGCAUUAUUUGUAACAAGGCGAAAUUCACUUAUAAUUGCGAUAACUAUAAUGGCGAAAGCAAUGUGAACUAUGCGAAUGUUUUAUCCGCUCUUUUAACAACUUUCUCCAGACUCUUCACGGCAGAACCAGCAGUUUAUCAGCACAUGCUAGGUAGGACUCUUGAAAUCUGUAAAGAUUUUGGCCACGUUGAUUUGAGGUUUAAAUCCGAUUUGUAUUAUUGUCUGUUACGGAUUGGUGUGGGUAAGCUCAAAGAAAUGCUAAAUAGUUGAUCGGUUUUUU